GUGACGGCUACUUUUAAACAGUUGUAUUUUUUAAUGACAAAACUGAAUAGUGGGACACAACUUACUGACAUAAAUAAUAAAAUCUAAAAAAAAAACUAGCUAAUGCAGGUGUGAUAUCCACAAAAUGAACAGACGGGCCGUAGCGGGUCAAACUGGGCCGGGCUCCAACAAACGGACAGGCCGGGGCCGCCUCCAUUCCUCGUCAAACUCGAUCGCGCACGCACUCCGUCUCUCUCCUCUUCUCUCCCAGACUUGACUGAGGCACUGCCUCGCCGCGCGCCGUCUUGCCGGCGGACACCCACCGCUCACCAUUUACUACCAUUCCCUGCUCGCCGCCGCCUCCCCUCCUUCCACAGCACCUCCCUCCGCAUCCCUCCGUACCGAGCAGAGGCCGGGCAUCCAAUCCAGCUCGAGGCUGCCGGCGCUCACGGCGGCGCAUCCUCCUUGGCUCGCCACCCCGCGUUCCUUCUCGGCGCCCGGAUUCGCGGCACAUCCACCCCGUCCACCGCGGUGGCGCCGCACCCGGCGUACUUUCGUCCGUGUCGCCGCCAGCCAGUGGCGCACAAGGUGUUCGACGUAAGUUCCCUGAGGGAGUUCUGUUAUGUUCUUGGCCAGACGACCAUCUGGGUUGUCUAAUAUCAGCAGGCUCUGCAUUCUUCACACCGUUUCUUGGAUACUUUCGUCGAGGCGGGCACGAUCCAGCGGCGGCAGCGACGAUGCCACUGCGAGUUCUCUUGGCCGGCUGUCAGAUCUUUUCCGCCCAGUCCGGAUGGACAUCAGCCGUGUCAUCUUGCGGGCACUUGAAUCUAGUACAUGUUCGGAGCCAGUGGAGCUGGAGAGGCUCGACGUCGAGCUGGAUCCUUUUGUUGUCAACUUGGUUGUCCGGGGCUUGUCGGACUCGGAGACAGCAGUGCGGUUUUACUGGUGGGCAGAGUCGCGCCCGGGUUUCGAUCAUAGCCAGUUUGCCAUAGCGUACAUUGUGAGCUUGCUGUUUGUAGAUGGAAAUUUUGCUUUGUUGUCAGAGUUCCUGGGGACAGUGAGGAGCCAGGGGGUGGCACUGCAUCGAUCGCUAUAUCGGAUCCUUUUGUCCGGCUAUGUCCGAGCUGGCAAGUUUGAUUCGGUCAUAGGGACAUUUGAUGAGAUGGUCAUGUCAGGUUGCCGUGAGUUUGGUAUCGAUUACAAUAGGUACAUAGGUGUUUUAAUUAAGAACUGUUGCUUUGAUUUGGUGGAGAAGUAUUAUGGCAUGGCGCUCUCGAAAGGUUUUUGUCUGACUCCAUUCACUUACUCAAGGUGGAUCUCUGCAUUGUGCCAAUCAAAUAGGAUUGAGCUUGUAGAGGAGCUUCUGGCUGACAUGGAUAGAUUUGGGUUUUCUCCAGAUAUUUGGGCUUGUAAUAUAUACAUCGAUUGUUUGUGUAAACAGAACAGGUUACAUGAUGCACUGCAGAUGGUAGAGAAGAUGCGGGGGAAAGGAACCAUCCCAGAUGUUGUGACUUAUACAACAGUUGUUGGCUGCUUAUGUAACAAUAAGAGGUUCUCAGAAGCAGUUGGACUUUGGGAAGAAAUGGUGAAGAUGGGCCUUAAACCAGAUGUUGUUGCCUGUGGUGCACUGAUCUUUGGGCUGUGCAAGAAUAGCAAGGUCGAAGAGGCUUUUGAACUGGCAUCAAGGAUGUUAAGUCUGAACAUAGAACUGAGUGUCUCAAUAUACAACGCCCUAAUAAGUGGCUUCUGGAGAGCUGGGAGCAUUGAUAAAGCCUACACCAUCAUAUCAUUCAUGCGGACAAACGGAUGUGAGCCAGAUGUUGUUACAUAUAAUAUCCUCUUAAAUCAUUACUGCACUAUAGGUAUGAUGGAGAAAGCUGAGAAUUUGAUUACAAAGAUGGAAACAAGCGGUGUAAAUCCUGACCGGUACAGCUAUAAUCAGUUGUUGAAAGGGCUCUGCAAAACUCAUCAACUGGACAAGGCAUUUGCUUUUGUUUCUGAUCAUAUGGAAGUUGGUGGGUUCUGUGAUAUUGUAUCCUGUAACAUAUUGAUUGAUGCAUUUUGCAAGGUCAAAAAGGUAAAAUCUGCACUGGAGCUGUUCAAGGAAAUGGAUUAUAAGGGAAUGCAAGCUGAUGCUGUGACAUAUGGGACUCUGAUCAAUGGUCUUUUCAGUGUAGGAUACUAUAAUCUAGCUGAAGAACUUUUUGAGCAGAUGCUGAAGGCUCAGAUUGACCCUAAUGUUAAUCUGUACAAUAUUAUGCUUCAUCACCUGUGCAAGGUUGGUGAUCUCAAACGUGCUCAGAAAAUAUUCUCGCAUAUGAUUCAGAAGGAGAUCUUACCUGACAUUGUUACUUAUAAUACACUCAUAUAUUGGCUUGGAAAAAACUCAAGAGCAAUGGAAGCCCUUGAUCUCUUCAAGGAUAUGAGGACAAAGGGAGUAGAACCAGAUAGCUUGACAUUCAAGUAUUUGAUCAAUGGCCUCCUGGACGAGGGAAGAUCUACACUAGCUUAUGAGGUAUGGGAAUACAUGAUGGAAAAUGGAAUCAUUCUCGACAGAGAAGUUUCUGAAAGGUUGAUAAGUGUGCUUAAAUUGAAGAACAAGUAGCAGCCAAGUUCUUGAAGAGGUUUACCCACUAAAGGCUGUCCUGCCUCUGCCACCUCCGUGCACCUACCUUCAGAGCUUCAGUAGUUGAUUCUAAGCUCGUCACUUUGCAGUUACACACAACAUGGAUGCCCUUCUCCCUUUAUGCAUGUCUGGACCAGACGUCCAGACCAUGGCAGACACGUGAAAGUAGCAAGGUGUGGUCUCCAAUGCAUCUACAACAAGUUUAAUGUUGGUCCUGAGUUCUCAACUUUUCCAUGAGAAAGUCUGCAAGGCUGCUGCCUUCAGCAUACAAUAUAAUCCUGAGGUGAACAGGCUAUAUUCAGUUCUGUAGGCAGCGGCAAUGAUUUCUUCUAUAUCCCUAAGGGCUCCUGGAUCUGAAUAGUGAAUACUUCAAGAGUGAAGAGUCAUAAUGAAGUGUCAUGAGAAAAUAGUCUUAUAUCCUCCAAUGACAGGUUGGUACCUUUGGGGCAUUCAGUAGAGUUGCUUACCGUUGUACAUAUAGCACGGUGGCAGCACUAGGAAGGGCCUGGGAAGAGGAUGUUUGGAACAGGAUUGGGAACUAAAUUUGUUGUCGAAGGUCCAUCAUUCCUGUUGUCAUUUUGUCAUAGCAGUCGCCUAUUGCAUCACAUUAGAUGUGUGGUAUGCGACAUGUUUUUCCAAGAUGGGGCCAUUUGUUUUUCAUGUGCAGAAGACGUUGGAGAGCUGUCCAACUGGAGCUGAUUCAGGAGGAACUUGCUGAGUGCACGUCGCUGAUCGUGGUCGUGAUACAGAUCCUGCAGUGCCUGCUGACAAGGAGAGUUUUGUGGUAGUGUUGACAGUCAAUCAAUGUUGUAUCUGUUGUACAGUAUCAUCCCAUAAACAUACAAAUGAAUCAAAUCAAUCAGGGUUUUCCCCAUGAAUCUUAA